UUAGUCCGUGGUUAACCUAAAAUGAUAAAAUCCAAACAUCGAAGUGGUCUCUAAUUUCUUUAUUGAUAGUAAAUAACUUUUACAGUAAAAAUACAAAAUGCAGUUACUCCGUGUUCACAGAACAUUUCCUAAACUUAAAAAGGUUAUUACGCGGCGGUAUAGUCAAGCUCUCCAACUUGAAGAGAAUGAAUACACAGAUGCUCCUGUGUAUCCCCCAAUAAUAGACACGAGUUUAGAAGCAAGAAAAUUACGCAUAAGACAAACAUUGCAUAAAAAAAUACAAGAAAUAAAUACCGUCGAAGAAAAACAGAUAGCUUUGAACAUGCCGAGAUUUUACGGGUGGCAAAGUAUUGUACUAAACGACAAUAAAGUACCAUUCAAUGCUAUGCCACUGGUUCAGCACUAUACAAGAACACAUUUCCAGAGUAUAGAUAAACUACCUGAAAUAUAUGCUAAAUCAAGUCCUAUCGCAGAUACUAUUGUACAAGAGAUAAAGUCUUGCAUAGAAGAAUGUAUAGCGACUGAAAACGAAGGUGUUGAACGUAACAUUGUUACAUCAUUGGAUAAACCUGAGAAACAGCAAAUCUCUGAUGCACACACAAAAAACAUUGUGAAACAAAUCAACAGAAUUAUAUUAAACAAUUUGACAGAUAAAGUUUCACAUAUUUUAUCUUCUCAGGUUGAUUAUGAUCCCCGUCAUGAAGCAUUUUGGUUUAUUGGUAGUGUUGAUCUACCAUGGGAUGUGCGUAAAUGGAGAAAAAAGCAGAAAUGGUAUAAAGGGAGAUUGGAUCAACCUCUUGAUCGGCCGGUGCAGUAUAUAGGUUCACCAAUACUUACUAUAAGAAAUCAUCUGCCUUUGAAACCAAUAAUAGACCAUAGCGAAGCGGAAAAUCCAGAUUUUAAGGUUCCCAAGUUUUCUCACAUUCCAGAGAGUGUUGGAUACUUUUCUGAAUUCAGACAUGGAACUAAUAUUCCAGGGUUCUGGCCAGGUGAUUUUGAUGAAUUUGGUCUAAUGUCUUUUCACGGUCGAGGGCAUAUUCUUGACAGGAGUGAAUCAUUUGGGCCAGAAGACAAUUUGGAGGCAUUGCAUUGUCAAGCUAUCAAAGCUAGCUUUGGAUGGUUGUUAGCACAAGCUAGCUAUCAGGGUUUUACAACAUUCAAUGACUUAACCUAUCCACUGGUCACGCAAACUGUACUGACAGAUGGACAUUUAGUGUCUUUUUAUGCUUAUCAAUUAAAUACUAUUGUUAUGCAUAAUGAUGAAGUUGACAGUAAUCCAAAACAUAAUGUUUGUUUUGGAACAAAACCUCUAGAGCUAUAUGAAACUAUUGAAAAUGGAAAAGUUAAAGGCCUAAAUGAAGAUGUACUAAAAAUGUUAGUGCAAUUUUACUUAAAUGCCCCAGAAGAACGAGAUCAUGCAAUGAAACCUUAUCUUGGCAAGGAAGAACAGAUUAUAGCGGAUAUAGAAGAUGAUAACAGACGCUGCUGGUUGGAAUCUAGAUACAAACAUUUAGUUGCAAAUCGACCAAAGCAUUUCUUGUUACCUGAACUUUAUGAUUGGGAAAAGAUAUACAAAAUAAAAUUCAAUACUAGAUUCUUUGAAGCUAGGAGAAGGCCGUUUGAGUUUGAUAUCAAUCCAUUUAAAAGAAGAUUAGAUGACCAUUUACCACCAUACAUACCUAAAGUUCUCAGACCAUAUCCAAAAUCCAGAAAGAAGUUUGAAACAACUUACUAUCCUAAUGUGUAAAGUAUUAACUUGUUUUAUUUAGUAUGUAGAUUUCCUAUAGAAUAAAUUGGUUUAGUUGUA